AUGGAUAACGGGAAGCCAUUCUCAGCAGCACUGGUGACACAAUUUUGUAAUAAGCUUGGCAUUAAACAAAGGUUUUCAACCAUGUACAAUGCAACAGCCAAUGGACUUACAGAGGCCUUUAACAAAACUCUGUGCAAGUUACUUGAGAAGAUUGUGUCCAAGUCAAAGAGAUAUUGGCAUGAACGCUUGGAUGAGGCCUUAUGGGCAUAUCGAACAUCUUACCGCAUUACUACAAAUGCAACUCCUUUUGCUUUAGUAUAUGGUGUAGAAGUUGUACUUCCCCUAGAGAGACAAAUGAACUCCCUAAGGAUGGCUAUUCAAGAUGGAAUUACAGAAGAUGAGAAUUCAAAACUAUGA